CUUUCUCAUAUUUAUGCUCCACCCUCCACCCCCAUACAAAGAGAAUUUUUAGCCUGCUAGCUGCCAUGGAACAACAAGCAUCCCACUCCCACGUAGCCAUUCUACCCAGUCCCGGAAUGGGACACCUCAUCCCACUCGUUGAGUUCGCCAAGCGACUCGUCCACCACCACACCUUUAUCAAAAUCACCUUCAUCGUUCCCGUCGACGGCCCUCCCUCCAAGGCCCAGAAGUCCGUCCUCGACGCCCUCCCAAGUUCCAUGAAUUACACCUUUCUCCCGCCAGUCAACCUCGACGAUCUCCCCGAAGGCACCAAGAUUGAACCUAUAAUUUCUCUCACGGUGGCUCGCUCUCUUCCUUCUCUGCGUGACGCGUUUAAGUUGUUGGUUCAGACUACAAAGUUCAAGGCCUUGGUUGUUGAUCUAUUUGGCACCGACGCCUUCGAUGUUGCCAGAGAAUUUCAUGUGUCGCCGUACAUUUUCUUUCCCUCCACAGCCAUGGCUUUGUCUUUGUUCCUUAAUUUGCCAAAGCUCGACGAAAUGGUUUCUUGCGAGUACAGAGACCAUCCUGAGCCCCUGAAAAUCCCUGGGUGUAUUCCAAUUCACGGUAAGGAUCUGCUGGACCCGAUUCAAGACCGGAAAAACGAGGCCUACAAGUGGGUGCUUCACCACUCAAAACGCUACCGCUUGGCGGAGGGAAUCAUGGUGAAUAGCUUCAUGGAAUUGGAACCAGGACCUAUACAAACUCUGCAAGCACAAGAACCCGGUAAGCCACCCGUUUACCCUGUUGGGCCGCUCGUGAAUAUCGGUUCAAGCGUCAAGGUUGAAGGGUCGGAGUGUUUGAAGUGGUUGGAUGAGCAGCCACAUGGGUCUGUGUUAUUUGUCUCGUUUGGGAGCGGUGGCAGCCUCUCUUAUGAUCAGAUUAAUGAGUUGGCUUUGGGAUUGGAAAUGAGUGAGCAGAGAUUCUUGUGGGUUGUGAGGCCCCCAAACGAUAAGGUUGCCAAUGCCACCUUUUUUAGUCAUGUCCAAACUCAUAAAGACCCUUUUGAUUUCUUACCAAAAGGGUUUUUGGAAAGGACCAAAGGGCGGGGUGUGGUGCUGCCAUCGUGGGCACCACAGGCCCAAAUCCUGAGCCAUGGCUCAACCGGAGGGUUCCUAACCCACUGCGGCUGGAAUUCUAUCCUCGAGAGCGUUGUCAACGGCAUCCCACUAAUUGCUUGGCCACUGUACGCGGAACAAAAAAUGAACGCGGUUAUGCUGACCGAGGACAUAAAAGUGGCGGUAAGAGCAAAGGCUAACGAAAAUGGCCUGGUCGGACGAGAGGAGAUUGGCAGACUCACCAAGGCUCUUAUGGAAGGUGAAGAUGGGAAGAAGCUGCGGAGCCGCAUGAAGGAGCUUAAGGACGCCGCCGCAAGGGUUCUGAGUGAAGACGGGUCCUCCACAAAGGCACUCUCUGAGUUGGCUCUCAGCUGGAAGAGCAAAAACUAACCUGUUUCUGUAUGGUCAUUGGUCUAGACCGAGCACAUGAUUAUUGUAUAAUAAUACAGUCAUGUACACGUGCUUUGCAUACAACAA